AUGGCUUACAAGCCGGAGGGACUCUUCGAGCACAUCCUGAUUCACUACAGAUGGGUUUUCGUUUGUCUUUUCCUCUUGCCCGCCUCUUUCUUUUUCGAUAUUUGGCUGUACGUCCGUAACUGGAUCGUUUUCAAAUUGAGCAGUGCCCCCAAACAACAUCAUUCCAAAGUGAAACAUGUACAAACCCAGGUAAGAAAUUGGAUUAAGAAUGGAAGAAAACAAUUUAUGUGCACAGCCAGGCCUGGAUGGCAGACAGUCUCCUUCAGGAGGCCCAAAUAUAAGAAGACUAUGUACAAUGUUGAAGUCAAUCUAGUUGACGUGCUUGAUAUUAAUUUAGAGAAGAAGACUGUUCGGGUUGAACCUUUAGUCACCAUGGGUCAGUUAACCGCGACUUUGAACCCUCUAGGCUGGACUAUUCCGGUGGUACCGGAGCUCGAUGAUUUAACAGUCGGAGGUUUAGUUAUGGGGACUGGAAUAGAGUCGUCUUCGCACAAAUACGGCCUCUUCCAACACAUUUGCGUUUCUUACGAAUUAGUUCUUUGUGAUGGUUCUGUGGUAACUUGUUCAACUCAAGAAAACCCAAAUUUAUACUAUUCAGUACCUUGGUCGUACGGCACUUUGGGUAUAUUGACAGCCGUUGAAAUUCAGUUAAUCCCAGCCAAAAAAUACGUCAAACUGACUUACAAACCCUUAAAAACCCUGGAUCAAGUAACUCAAGAGACUGAAUCAGCAAGUAAAGACCUGAACAACGAAUUUGUCGAAACUUUGGUUUAUAGUAAAGAUAAGGCGGUGCUCAUGACCGGCAUUCAAACCGACCAAGUUGACGAAAAUAAAGUGAAUGCGAUUGGAAAAUGGUACAAGCCUUGGUUUUUCAAACAUGUUGAAGGCAUGUUGGAAACUAAUAAAACUGUGGUUGAAUACAUCCCCUUGCGUGACUAUUACCACCGACACACGAGAUCUAUAUUUUGGGAACUUCAGGACAUUAUUCCCUUCGGAAACAACCUCCUGUUUAGGUUUUUCUUGGGUUGGAUUGUGCCCCCAAAAGUCUCCCUUUUAAAACUGACCCAAACUGAAGCUGUGCGAAAACUGUACGAGAACAACCACGUCAUUCAGGACAUGUUAGUACCGAUUGAAACCCUCAAAGCGAGCAUCGAGAAAUUUCACGAGGUUCUCGAGAUAUACCCCAUGUGGAUUUGCCCUUUUAAGUUACCCCCAAACCCGGGAAUGGUGCACCCUCCCCUAAAAAACUACGAUACGGACCCCGUUUACGUCGAUAUCGGUGUGUACGGGGUACCCAAAGCUAAAAAUUUCACACCGCUUGGAUCGACGAGAGAGAUCGAAAAAUACGUCAGUAAUGGCAAUGGUUUCCAGAUGCUGUAUGCCGACACAUACAUGUCCCGUGAGGAAUUUCGCAGAAUGUUCGACCACCGGCUGUACGACUCGCUGAGGGCUUCUCUGGGCUGCGAAUCGGCCUUCGCCGAGGUGUACGACAAGGUGAGCAGGGCCGCUCGGGAGUAGGAACUGAAGAAACCACUGGAGCUGCACUAUUUGCUUUCGGAAGUCACGGCCUGUGGCCAUCAUCAUUCCAGAAAUAAAGAAUGUUGAAAAGAA